UUGGUCAAGACAACGGCCUAUCAAGACGAAAGUUGCAAGAUUGUCAAUUCAGAUGAAUUCAAUAAAUAUAUCAAUAAAUCUCGAAUAAGGAUGAGAUUGACAUUAGUGAUAAUUAUAAUUUUCCUCCUUCACAUCCAUCUUCUUCAUGCUUUCUCCUUAUCUUCUCGAUUUCUCCGUCUUCGAGAUGAUGAAAUUGUGACGAUGGAUAAACGUGGAGGUGGUGCGGCCAGUGGGCACGCUAGUGCCCACAGCAGCUCGUCCGGAGGACGAGCAUCGCGCGGCGGGCAAUCGACAAGGUCGCCUUACAAUACUGCAGGUGUAAUCCCAGUGUAUGCAGCAGGAGCUAUGAACCAUCACAAUAAUGUUGAUAGAAGCCAUCAACAUCAUAAUGACGGAAAUACCGUCAAUUGCAUUUGUUUUUCUUAUUUGAUUUUCAUCAUUUGCAACAUAAUUAUAAUUAUGAUGUAAUUUUUUAGUAGUAUAUCUUGUAUGUAAUUAAAAUCAGAGACGGAGACAUGAUUUAAAGUUUAUGGAACG